AUGGGUACCGUAAACCAUACGGGUAUUAGCCACACAGUCUUCCAUUUGCUGGGCAUCCCCGGCCUAGAGGACCAGCACAUGUGGAUUUCCAUCCCCUUCUUCAUUUCCUAUGUCACUGCCCUGCUUGGGAACAGCCUGCUCAUCUUCAUCAUCCUCACAAGGCCCAGUCUCCAUGGACCCAUGUACCUCUUCCUCUGCAUGUUGGCGGGGGCAGACAUUGUGCUCUCCACAUCCACAGUUCCCCAGGCCUUGUCCAUCUUCUGGUUCCACGCUGGGGAGAUCUCCCUGGAUCGCUGCAUCACUCAGCUCUUCUUCAUCCACUCCACCUUCAUCUCUGAGUCUGGGAUCUUGCUGGUGAUGGCAUUUGACCGCUACAUUGCCAUUUGCUACCCGCUGAGGUACACCACUGUUCUCACAAAUUCGCUGAUUGGGAAAAUCGGAGUGGGCAUCUUUCUGAGAAGCUAUGGUACAAUUUUUCCCAUAAUAUUUCUUCUGAAAAGACUAACUUUUUGCAGAACCAACAUUCUUCCACAUACAGCUUGUGAGCACGCUGGCUUGUCCAAAUAUGCAUGCAAUGACCUCCAAGUGCAUAUCUGGUAUGGAUUUUUUGUUUUAAUGUCAACAGUAAAUUUAGAUGUUGUGUUAAUUUUUGUUUCCUAUGUGCUGAUCCUCCGUGCUGUCUUCCGCAUGCCUUCCCGGGAUGCUCGCCACAAAGCUCUCAACACGUGUGGCUCCCAUGUCUGCAUCAUUAUCCUCUUCUACGGGCCUGGGAUCUUCUCAACACUCAACCAUCAGUUUGGGUACAAAAUCUCAACUGGUGUGCAUGUCCUGCUUUCCAAUGUCUGUAUUCUGGCUCCUCCAAUGUUGAACCCCAUCAUCUAUGGGGUCAAGACCAAACAAAUCCGAGACCAAGUGACUCAUGUUUUGUUUCUGAAAGUAAUAUGA